AUGUCUCAGUCUUCUUUGUACACUACAUUACCAUCUACAAAAUCCAUCAGGCUAUUACGACUGCAUCCCGGGGCAGAAGAUGAAACAGUAUCCUGUUCACUGGAGUUAAUUGAGGACUUUCGAUCUUCGCCUCAAUACCAUGCCCUCAGCUAUUGUUGGGGUGAUGAAAAUGACCUUACUGAACUGUCAUGCAACGGUGAGGCGUCCGCAGUCAUCAACAAUCUGUACGCUGCUCUGCAUCGCCUCCGUCAAAGAAAACAAUCCACUCUCGUCUGGGCCGACGCGAUCUGCAUCAAUCAAGAAAGCAUCUUCGAACGUAAUCAGCAAGUAUCGAUUAUGAAUAAGAUCUAUUUCCACGCUUCUCGCGCUUCGUAUGGAUUGGUCCCGGCAAUGCGGACCACUGAUUUCACCCACGCAGAAUGGCAGUCAUUCUAUGAUUUCUACCAAGCCGAUUGGUUCUUUAGAGUCUGGGUUGUUCAAGAAGUUCUACAAAUCUCGGACGUCUGCCUGCUUUGUAGCAAGUUCGAAAUUGAAUGGAACUUCAUAGCCCUGUCCGCAUCGUGGGCCUGGCUUGGAGCAAUACAAGAUUACUCCACACACUUCAAGAAAGAGUAUUUUCCGUCUUACAAUGGUUUCAUCAAUGCGAACUUCAUGUGGGAUCAAACACUUGCCACGCGAAGACAGGCCCCUUUCUUGGCUCUUCUUCACCUAUCCAGGCCCUUUCAGUCCACGGAUCCGCGAGAUAAGGUUUUUGCCAUGCUCCAUCAUUGCAUAAAUCAGAAUGUUAUUAGUGAGCGUGGACAACUCAUUGAGACACGACUUUAUCCAUCUUGUUCACCAAAUGUAAGUACUUACAGAACUCCAGGCUGA